UUUGACUUUGCCGCUGAGCUCUGCGACGACGACGACGACGACGACGACCUCGCCUGCUCAAUUCUGAGAUAUUGACGACCUUCUGGUGCUGAUUUUCUCGCUUUCUCGGAUCGACAAAAGCACAUUCUGAGGGCCACAAAAUGACUUCAGCGGCUCCCGACUAUUAUAAUCCCGGCACCGCAGACUAUACCGACGUCGAAGUGUGCAACCUGGACCCCGACCCCGCACAAGUCACCAUCCAAACCGGCACGCACGCCGUCAUUUGCGCCUUGGGCCUGAUCGGCAACAUCCUCGUCGUGGUCACGUACGCGUUCUACAAGGGAACCAAGACCGUGACGGACGUCUACCUCGUCAACGUGGCGGCGGCCGACCUGAGCUUCGUGCUGGCCCUGCCUUUCAUCAUUUACAACGAGCGGCACGGCUGGCCGACGGGCAGCGGGGUUUGCAAGGCGCUGAGCUCCGCCUACAGCGUCAACCUCUACAGCGGGAUGCUCCUGCUGGCGUGCGUCGGCGGCGAUCGCUACGUCGCCAUCGUCCGGGCCAGGCGUUCUUUCGGGGCCCGCUCCGGAUAUCUCAUCUACAGCCGCAUCGUCUGCUCCGCCGUGUGGGCUUGCGCGGCUGCUUUAACGCUGCCCACGCUAAUAUACACCGAGCGCUUCGAAGAAGCCGGUCUGGGGGCGGAGAGCGCGCGCGUGAUGUGUCAGCUGUCUUUCAGCAACGACGAGACGGCAAAGUUCAUCAAAAAGCUGGUUCCCUGCCUUCAAAUGGCCGUGGGUUUCCUGCUGCCCUUAGCGGCCAUGGCGCUGUGCUAUUCCAGCAUCGCGCGCACCUUGAUUCGAGCGCGGAGCGGCCGGAGGCACGGGGCCGUCCGGGUGGUCUUAGCGGUGGUGGUGGUCUUCAUCGCGUGCCACCUCCCCUACAACGUGGCUCUGCUCAACCACACGCUAGAUCUGUUCCAACAGAGAGGUUGUCAGGGAGAACGCUUCAACCUCCGAGUUCUGGCCAUUUCCAAAAGCGUCGCCUACCUCCACUGCUGUCUCAACCCCAUCCUCUACGCCUUCACGGGCUCCAAAUUCAGGAGCCACUUCAGGCAAAUAGUCGUGGACCUGUGGUGUUUCGGGAAGAAGUACAUCCUCUCGGCCCGUUCGGGCAACUCGGCCUCGAAGCCUUCAGACGGCUCCGGCCGCUUCUCGCCGUUUAGUGCGCGAUCGCUCGAUCGACGACAAAUUCAGGCGCUUUGAAA